AGCCCCCCCGGAGCAGGCAGUGGCAAGGCAUCCCGUCCUGGCCUCGGCACCCUGAACCGCAGCCACCUCCAGCGCCUGGCCAUUGCCCAGUCCCGGGUGCUCAUUGCCUCUGGGGUCCCCACCGUCCCCGUGAAGAACCUCACUGGCUCCAGCCCCGUCAACCCAGCGCUGGCAGGGAUCACGGGGAUCCUCAUGAGCGCAGCCGGACUGCCCGUCUGCUUGACACGGCCCCCCAAGUUGGUGCUGCACCCCCCACCCGUCAGCAAAAGCGAGAUCCAGUCCAUCCCCGGCAUCUCCCACACCUGCCGCAAGACCACCAAGAAACAGGCCAAGAAGGGUAAAACCCCAGAGGAGGUACUGAAAAAAUACCUGCAGAAGGUGCGGCAUCCGCCCGAUGAGGACUGCACCAUCUGCAUGGAGCGCCUCUCUGCACCCUCCGGCUACAAGGGACCCCAGCCGGCUGUUAAGCCCGACCUGGUGGGGAAGCUGGUGAAGUGCGGCCACGUCUUCCACCUCUACUGUCUGGUUGCCAUGUACAACAACGGCAACAAGGUGCAAGGCUGCAGCCCCAGGGGAUGCCCGAGCCCCCAGCUGGGCGAUCAGUGCUGA